AGAAGAUGCAUCUACAUUCCUCCGAGGACUCUUCAGAUUCAGAAUUCUGAAGAUGCAUAGCUUUGUUAGAAAAAAAGAGUUGCAAACAUAUUGGAGGUUCUAAAAGCCUCAUAGAUACCAUGCCAGAAGCCACCAUAAAAAAGAAGAAAGUUGGUGGUAUAGAUUAUGAAGCUUUAAGCAAGCAUGGAUAUCAUGGCGGCCCUUCAGUUCUGAAGGUUCCUCCUCCUAGAGUUGAGGAAAAAGAGCAAAACUGGUCAUGGUCUACAGGAAAGGAUGGAGAUGAGGGCAAGGAUUCAUCAGACGAAUCAUUCGCCGAGCGAGAGCGAACAAGAGCUGCCGCUCAUGGCGAAAAUCUUUUGCAUUUGCAGGCAAAUCUGCAAUCCGAUAAGAGGGAUAAGAAAUCAUCAUUUUCCCAGAAGGAGAAGAGGAAGAGAGAUCUUGGCCAGGCCAGCAGGGGAAAGAACUACGUAGAAGAAGAGAAGAGGCUCUUGAGGGAUAGUGGUGUCUACUCUGGCUUUGAUUAAUCACACUAGCAUAUUUUUGGCAAAUUUUUUUAUUAUAAGAGGAUGAUAACAAGUGUAGAUUGUCAGUAAUUUCAACUACAGUUUUAAUGGCAGAAUUUGAUUCUGUUUUAGGCUGCUUGAAAGAUGAUCCAAGAGUGUAUUAGAAAGUGUAUUUAAAACUUAUUUGUUGAGAUUGUAUCAUUUGAACCGACCAGACAUUUUUAAUGCUUAAGAUGACAUUUUCUGCAUUUUGUUU